AUGCUCGAAAAUGUGGUGGCCUGGGUGCUGAAUAACUACAUCGGCGAGUACCUUGAAAACUUGAACACCGAUCAACUCUCCGUCGCGUUAUUAUCGGGGCAAUUGGAGCUCGAAAAUGUUCCAUUGAAGAAAACAGCGCUCAGAAAGUUGGACAUCCCCCUAGAGGUCAAAAGUGGCGUCUUGGGAAAAUUGACGUUGUCCGUGCCCCUGACCCAUAUCAGAAGCGAACCAUGGGUGCUCAAGCUUUCUGAUGUUCUGAUUAUCGUCGGGCCCGCCAGCGAUAAGAAGUACGAUGUGGAGACGUCAUCGGAUCACACAGAGAAGACGAAAAAGGAAACGAUGCUCGAUGAGCUGGAAAAGAAGCACAAGACGCAACUUCUCGAGACUAUCGGGCAAAAAUCAGCCGCGUCUGAUGCACAAGAAUCUUGGUGGGGCGCGUCGUUGAUCGCGACGGUUGUCAAUAAUAUACAGCUGAUCCUUACAAAUGUACAUAUUCGCUAUGAGGACGGCCAAACGUUGCCCAAUGGCCUUUCAUUUGUGUCUGGCGUCAGAAUAAGAAAAAUGACCGUACAGACGACAAACCACCACUGGAAAUCUGGAUUCGUCGAGCCACAGGAGGGUGUCAACGUCUUCAAAAAGCUCGAACUGCAAGGCUUUUCCUUUUAUUGGAAUUCAGGCCAGCCGCUUUCAAAGGACAUCAACACAGUGAAAGAAUUACAGAACCUCUUGGCGCCGGAGGAUGCCGGUAAAAAUACGUACAUCAUUGAGCCGUGUAGCAUCGAGCUGCGCAUGGAAAAGAACGCUAGCAAAUUUCCGUUGAAGGGCGAUCCAGCAAUUCCGAGAUUCAAAUUCUGGCUACGACCCGAGAAAAUUGUCGUCGAGCUGUCCAGACGUCAAAUGAGCGAACUACGCGCGUUAAAUCGGGAAUGGAGUCGGUUUGAGCGGGCACGCACACACCGCAAAUGGCGGCCGGUAGCCAACGUGAUGGGAAACGCUCGCGAGUGGUGGCGGUUCGCCUACGAUCGCGUCCUGGACGAUACGCGCCGGACGAAUACGCGAAAAACAUGGUCGUUUGCCUUGACAAGAGCCCGACAUUUAAAUGCCUAUGCACGAGCCUACCGAAGACGGCUAAUCAUGCUGAUGAGCGAUCCAACUUAUAAGGACCAAGACCCGACGGAUUCUCCUGCAAGAACCGCUGACCCCGCACGACCAUCGAUGGGCCAUGAAGAAAGAACAAUUAUGAAACAAAUAGAGCGGGACGAGCAGUACACGUUUACGGAAUUGCAAUUGUUCCGCGAGACUGUCUUCCGCAGGCUACUACGAGAGAAAGAGACCGAGAUGGGUAUCGUGCCGGAAGGAGGAACUGGUGGACGGGGUACGCCGACGGCUGACUUUGAAGCCCUGGAAAGUCCUGGUGACGAAGUACCCGGCACGACUGUCCCUCCGCCGAAGAAUCAAGGGUUAUAUAGCUGGUUUUCGAGCUUUUUCACCGGCGAACAACCAGAAGAGGCCUCUGUCGAAACAUCAUUCGACUUUGGUCAAAUUGAUAUGCACGAAUUGAAGAAUAUACCGCCUGCUUUCAAAGAGAUCGAAAAACAGGUGGAGGAAGAGCUGCGAGAUCUGUUGCACGAUUCUUGGGACGAUUCGACACUGCUGCGAAAAGAUUUGCUGUUGGCUGAGAUUGCGUUGAAGUUGGACCAGCUUACGUUGCGUUUUGUCGACGUUAAGACGACUGGCUGGAAGGAAGAGCGCCGCGUUUUAGCCGUGGAUCUGAUGCAGCUGACGAGCCGUGUCGAUCUCUCGCCCCGGACACACACGCUGAGCGUUUCCCUGUCCGUGCACGAUUUGUCGGUGCAACGGCUGAUCACCACGUGUAAAAGACAUCGGGAAGAGAGCAUGCAUAAUGUCGAAUUUGACGAGUCGUUGAUGUAUUCGAAAAUGGAGAAUACGAAAGUGCUGUUAGCGAUUGGGCGCGGGACGCAAAGCAGUGAUUUGAGCAAGCCACUUUUCAAAAUGCAAUACCGGCGCCGCUCCCCACGGCUUAUCGUACGCCACACCGUCGAAGGCACCUUCCGACCAAUAUCCGUAAUGUGCGAUGAAAACGCCUUCUCGGGAAUCGGAGCCCUAUUUGAUGAUGAUCCGGAUAUUCUCUUCUCGGCCGAAGCCACGGCGCCCAUUGAUCAGGAUCAGGGUCCCGGAUUAGCCAGCAGUGACGCCAUCGUCCCCAAUAUCACCCUGGAAUCCCACGUUUUCGUCGACUUUCAUCUCCCGAAUUUAUGCAUCGUUCUGCGGAAAAAGGGUUGGGACAGUUCGGGGCGGCCGAAGCUGAACGCCCCCGUCGAGCAGUUUGCCUGCGUGAACGUCGAUUCGUGCCAUUUCGGGGUCGUCAGCAAAGAGCAAUUUGUUAGCACGGUGACGCUUGAUGUCGGUCAUAUGGAUAUUCAAGAUAUGCUGGAGAACACGGCGCAUCCAUUCCCCUUGUUGAGCACGAAAAAGACAAGGGAUAUGAAAGCCGCUUCUGUUUCCUGCCCAAAUCUGACGACGAUUGUCGAUUCCAACGACGAAUGCAUCUCCAAUUCGCUGCCCAAGGACGGAUAUCUCAGCUCCUACAGCGCUACGUAUCUAUUCGAAAACCGGAAGAUGACCGACAACUCGAGAAAGACAAGCACAGCGGUCCGAGGUACCAAAGACGACCAGCGCUCUUCAGUGGAGGCUCGGAUCAAAUGUACGGUUGUGGAUCAGCGCCAUCCAGAAUUUGAGACGCGCUUCGGACGGGUGUGUUUUGGGGGG